AACAAGGUGGAAGGGAAAGAGGUCGCAGCGUGAGUGUGUGUGAGAGAGAAAGAGGAAGAACGACGACUGUGUAGAGAUCGUUUAGCGAAAAAAUGGGGGGAGGAAUGGAGGCAAACAAGAACAAAUUCAUUGAAGAUUGGGGAACGGUGAGGGAGAAUCUGGAGCACAAUUUUCGAUGGACUCGUCGUAACCUAGCGCUCGUCGGAAUUUUUGGCAUCGCAGUUCCUUACUUGGUGUACAAGGGCACUGUUCGUGAAUUUCAUAUGCAAGAUGAAGACAAUAACAGACCAUACAGGAAGUUCCUUCCCUAAAUUGCAAUUCCAAUCAAUAAAAAAAAUCCAUGUUUUUUGAGCUUGGAUUACUCUUGUUUUUAUAUUUUGUCUAGACCCAAUUUGAAUAUUUCCAUUUCUGGGCUUUUGUGAAUUGUGAUUCUUGCUUUGUGAAACAUCAGUUGCUACUA